AUGUCGUACCCGUCCACCAUCAAAGCCGUUACGAUCGCGAAGACCGGAGACUUCGACGUGCUCGAGGUGACGGAGCAGAAGUUCCCGGAGGUGUCGCCGGACAGUGUCGUGGUGAAGGUCGAGUAUGGCGGCGUCAACUUCAUUGAUACAUACUUCCGCAAGGGGCUCUAUCCCGUCCAGAGUUUCCCAACUAUUCUCGGUAUGGAGGCCGCAGGGACCAUCGUGGGCCUUCCGACCGAUCCUGCGGUGUUGAACAACGAGCAAUACAAGCUGCGCGGGCUCCAGAAAGGUUCCAAGGUUGCAGUGCAAAACUUCGGCGUACACGCCACCUACGCUGUAGUGCCUUGGACCAAAGUCUUCCCAGUCCCUUCGUCUGUAUCGACCUUAACGGCCGCCGCUGCAUUGCUGCAGGGCCUGACAUGCAACACUUUCAUGACUGAGGCCUACAAUGUCAAAAAAGGCGACACCGUCCUUAUCCACACGGUUGCCGGCGGUCUCGGGCUGAUCAUGGCUCAGUAUGCCAAGUGGCGCGGCGCGACCGUCAUUGGAACCACGUCCACCCCGGAGAAGGCUGAGCUGGCGAAGAAGCACGGCGCAGAUCACGUCAUCCUGUACAAGAACGAGGACACCGUCAAACGUGUCCUCGAGCUGACUAACGGGAAAGGUGUCGAGGCGAUCUUCGACGGUGUGGGCAAGGACACGUUCGAGUCGGAUUUCGAGAUGAUCGCCCGUAAGGGUACUAUCAUUUCUCUCGGAAAUGCAUCCGGUCCCGUCCCGCCCGUCGCCCCGCUCAAGCUGACUCCGAAAAACGUCAAGCUGCUUCGUCCCUCGCAAAUCAACUACAUAACCGAACCUGAGGAAGCCCUUCACUACGGCAAAGAGCUCUUCGACCUUAUUGCCAACGGUACAAUCAAGAUCAACGUCUUCAAGGAGUAUCCCUUCACGGCAGAAGGUGUCCAGGAGGCGCAGAAGGACCUGACCGGUGGAAAGUCAACCGGCAAGCUCGUCAUCAAGAUCGCAUGA